GUUACAAAGAGACGAAGGGCGAUGGAGAAAGGGUGAAAAUCGUUAUUCAGCGGGCUGGUAAAAAUGUGAGAAUCUGGACUUUUGAGUUUUCCCUUCAUUUCGAGCAUUGGUCGGCUGUAGCUGGACGAGGAUUUAUGCGGUUGUGGAUUGGAAAUAAUCAUGUAUUUUUUGAGCAGAAGGAGCCCUUUGCGGACUUAUUUUGUGGUCGUACUGCUGAAUUGCUGCUGGAGAGCGGUGUCUGGACAGCUCUCGUAUUCCGUCUCAGAGGAGGUAAACCCGGGGUCUUCUGUUGGAAAUAUAACCAAGGAUCUGAGUCUAAACGUGCAAGAUUUAGAGUCUCGUAAUUUUCAGAUUGUUAGUGGAUCGAAGAGGAAAUAUUUCGACAUAAAUCUGAAAACGGGAGUUCUUUACGUGAAUGAAAGAAUAGACCGAGAGGAGCUUUGUGCGAAGGCUACACAAUGCACAGUUAAUUUAGAAGCUGUGAUCAACGACCCACUGAAGCUUUAUCGUUUAGAGAUAACUGUAAGAGAUAUAAAUGACAAUGCACCUGUUUUUUCUGAGCAAUUGCAAUCGCUUGAUGUUCCAGAAAACACUUUACCAGGGGUCAAAUUUGGACUCAUAGAGGCAUCAGAUUCAGAUGUUGGUAAAAACGGUGUUAACACAUACAAGUUAAGUAGUAACGACUAUUUUUCAUUAGAAAUUCACAAAGGAGGAGACAGUGUGUCUGCCGAGUUAGUACUGCAGAAGUCGUUAGACCGCGAGCAUGACUCUGUGAUAAAGCUCACACUGACUGCAGUAGACGGAGGUAAUCCAUCAAAGUCAGGAACUUCACAAAUCAUCAUCACCGUUUUGGAUAUUAAUGACAACCACCCUGUUUUCAGUAGAUCUUUGUACAAAAUUCAGAUUCCUGAAAACAUGCCAACAGGGUCAACGGUGAUCACUCUGAAUGCAACAGACGCGGAUGAGGGAUUAAACAGUGAAAUAGAAUACUCUUUCAGACAGAAAGGGCAGGACUAUGUUUUAGAUUUAUUUCAAAUUGAUUCAAGAACUGGUGCAAUUUUAGUGAAAGGAAAAAUAGACUAUGAAGAGAAUCCUGCGUUUGAGAUUCAUGCUCAGGCCAGUGACAAAGGCCAGCCUCCAAUGUCUGCUCGUUGUAAAGUGCUGGUAGAAGUGGUGGACCUGAACGACAACACUCCUGAGAUUACAGUGACGUCACUACUGAACACUGUUAAGGAGGACGCACAAGCAGGUACAGCUAUUGCACUUGUCUCUGUGCUGGACAAAGAUGGAGGAAAAAACGGGGCAGUUAAAGCUGCUAUUGCAAAUAAGACCCCGUUUAAACUGGACACUAAUUAUAAAAAUUAUUACUCCUUAAUAGUUGAUGGUCCGCUUGACAGAGAGACCAUAGCUGACUACAAUGUUACGAUAGUAGCAACAGAUGAAGGGACUCCACCUCUCUCCACCACUAGCAUAGUUAAUGUUCAUGUUUCUGAUGUCAAUGACAACCCGCCUCGUUUCUCAGAGCAGCUACUUAAUGUUUAUGUGAAAGAGAACAGUCCAGUAGGAGCAGUGAUAAAAACUGUGACUGCAGUUGAUGCUGAUAUCGAUCAAAAUGGUCAAGUGAGCUACUCAUUUUUACAAAGUAACAGUGACUCACUACCGUUAUCCACUAUGGUUAAUAUCAACUCGGAGACAGGAGAUAUAAUCAACUUGCAGUCUUUCAACUAUGAGGAGUUAAAGACAUUCCAGUUCAAAGUUCAAGCCACAGAUUCUGGUGUUCCUCCACUCAGCAGCAACGUGACUGUCAAUGUUUUAAUUCUCGAUGAAAAUGAUAAUAAUCCAACAAUUCUUGCACCUUAUUCUGACCACGGCUCCAUCAACAGUGAGAGCAUCCCAUAUUCUGCUGAAGCAGGAUAUUUUGUGGCAAAGAUCAGGGCUGUAGACGCAGACUCUGGAUACAAUGCUCUGCUGUCUUAUCACCUGUCUGAGCCAAAAGGAAACAACCUGUUCAGGAUCGGAACCAGCACCGGAGAAAUCAGAACUAAGAGGAGAACGAGUGACAAUGACCUCAAAACUCACCCCUUGGUGGUGCUGGUCUCUGAUAACGGAGAACCCUCCCUCUCAGCUACUGUGUCUAUUGAGGUGGUGGUUGUUGAAAGCACCGCUGACAUCCACACUCAGUUCAGACAUGUGCCCAUAAAGGAGGACAGUUUCUCUGAUUUGAACCUCUAUCUGCUCAUCGCCAUUGUGGCGGUGUCAGUGAUCUUUCUGCUCAGCCUCAUCAGUCUAAUAGCUGUCAGAUGCCGCAGGACAGACGGCAACUUCAGCAGGUACAGCGCCCCAAUGAUCACCACCCACCCUGACGGGAGCUGGUCUUACUCCAAAGCUACUCAGCAGUAUGACGUGUGUUUCAGCUCAGACACGCUCAAGAGUGACGUAGUGGUUUUCCCUGCAUCGUUUCCACCUGCAGAUGCUGAACUGAUCAGUAUUAACGGAGGAGACACUUUUACACGAACUCAGACUUUACCCAACAAAGAAAAGGUAAGAAUAUAUUGGUCUGAACGUUUUUUUUUCCUAAACGGCUAUCACACGAAUGACAAGAACAGAAUUAGUUUUUACUUUGCGCAGAAUUAAAAUACACUGGUGCCA